AUGGGCAUCCAUGCUGUUAGCGUCAUGCUAGAGGCUCUCAAUAGAGAUGCCCAACAUGCUACUAUCGCCAAGUUCAUUCAAAAUGAACUUGACGCAGAACGCGAGAAAGUAGCCUUGCUUCACCAACAAGGUUCUCAACAAGCAGAGUUGUUGAGAGAACAAGGUGCUCAACAGUUUGAACUGUUGAGACAGCAGCAGGCUGCUGCUGGCGGGUCGAUGCACUCGCGUCGGCCCGAGACUUUGAAGAUUGACAUCUCAAAGUAUAGGGGGGUCGAAGAAGACUCCCUCUUGAGAUGGUUCGUCGAAUUGGACGACGCUAUAAGGGCGCGUCGCAUCGACGACGGGGAUAUGCAAGUUGCAUUUGCCCAGUCAAAUCUGGCAGGACGUGCCAAGACUUGGGCACUGGGGCUCAAGCUGCACGACCCAUAUGCGUUUGGGUCGUUGGAAGUCUUCAAGUCGCGGCUCAGACAAACGUUUGAACCGCCUAGAGCUGAGUUCAGAGCUCGAACCGAACUCUUGAAGCUCAAGCAGGGUAAGCGUGAUGUGCACGCUUACGCUCAACAUAUACGACAUCUCACGAGUUGUAUAAGUUCCAAUCCGGUGGAUGAACACACGUUGGUUUCGGUGUUCAUGCAGGGUCUUGCGGAUGGUCCCGUCAAGACUCACCUGUUCCGGCUUGAACUAGAUUCACUAGAACAAGCCAUUUCCAUUGCGGAGCAGGAAGACUUCAGUCUGAGACAGGCUCGCGCCAGCUCGACAUCAUAUCGUCAACCGAGACGAUAUGACAACGGAGGUCCAGAGCCGAUGGAACUCUGUUAUGUAGAGAGCGAGAAGGCUCGCUCUACAGGCUACAAGAAGUUGCAGAGAUGCAACAGAUGUCAAAAGACAGGACACUACGCUUACGAGUGUAGUGCCCCUCGUCCAGUGUCUCGCGACACUGGGCGUAGUGACCGUCCACCCAUGAGAAAGGGGCAGGGACGAGGGUCCGCAGUUGGUGCAAAGACGCAACAACGGGAUGGACCGUCAAAAAACGGACAGGAUCAGUAG